UGGGCCCCCAGUACCGCCUCCUCAUGCUGCUGCCAGGCCCGUAAUCUGUCAUGGGCCCCUGUACCGCCUCCUCAUGCUGCUGCCAGGCCCGUAAUCUGUCAUGGGCCCCUGUACCGCCUCCUCAUGCUGCUGCCAGGUCCAGAGUGUGUCAUGGGUCCCUGUACGGCCUCCCAUUGCUGCUGUCUCCAUCGCCACACUCUGCCAUGUGCCACUUUCAGGUCUCCUCACACUGCUGGUGGGUUCCAUUUUGUCAUAGGGUGCUGUAUGGCCUCCCAUUGCUGCUGCUGCCUCCACCGCCACACUGUGGCUCCACACUCUGGUUUUGGCCCCGUGACUGCCCAAAUGAGUGAAGUGUGCGGUGAUUCUAAGAUCGACGGCACUCAUCUGCAUGUCAUACUGACUGACAGUAUUAUUUCUCUUCCCCAGCAGACUCCAAGGGCAUUUAAAUUAAAGGUACAGUGUUCUGCACUAAUAUAA